AUGGAGAGCGUCGGUCGGAUGACGCGCAGCAGGGCCAAGGCUCUAGCUGCAACACCUCUGGCUGCAUUGCCAGCGAAAACGCCGGAACCAAAGACUACCAGUCGCCGUCGUAAGGGCGCAACCCGAGCUCAGGAGCAGCAUGCACAGGAGGCUGCCCCGAAGCAAUUGCAAUUUCACAAAGAUGCGGCGUCUCAGCAGCCUACCAUCGACCAGCAACGGGCAUCCACGGAAAGCAGCGAGCAGUUAACGUCGGAUGACCCCCAAGCCAGCCAAACUGCCUCUGACAUCACUGCGCCGGCGUCGAAUCCUGAUGAUUCCGACACGCAGGCGGAGACGCACGACAAUCCUUCUGUGUUGAUGGCCUCUCCGAUUAUCUUGGCGCACAAAGACCAAUCUUUGUCAUCGAGUAUCGAGCCCUUUCCCCUUAACCUUACCGUGACCGCCUCUGCGCCUGAAACCAUCGCCUGUGUGUCUUGUACCGCCAAUACACAACCUGAGCCCGCAGCCAGCCCGCUGCGCUUCCAGACCCAAACCAAUAUCGCGAUUUCAUCGCUACCUGCUGCUGAUUCCUUGGACCUCGCGCAACCAGUCGCCGAUAGCCCUCUCUCCAUCGCCACGGACAGCCCCAUGUGCAGCCCACUCCCUUUGGACGCUAGCCUGCUCCCUGCAAUGAACAGCCCCCUGCCGGCCGCCUUCAGCCCCCUACCCGCGGUCAUGGAGGCCAGUCCCCUGGGCGGCAUCCUCCACCAUCACCAUCCACUCGCACCGUCGCCGCCGCCAGGCACCGUCGCCGCUCCGCCGGAGGGCAGCCCUAUGGGCAUCACCACACCCCUGAGCUUUACCUCCGAUGCCCCGCAGAACGGCGUCAUGGCCUUCGUGCAGCCGUUGCCAGCCAGCAUCCCUGCUUCACCACUGUCUCUCACGGCGGAAGCUAUAGAUGAGGCGAUUUUUUCGCCACUUCCGGAAGACGGCCCCGGCGACAGCCCCAUUAGCCUUUCAGGCGCCGUUGAGCUCUCUUCUCCCCAGCUUAUGGCGCCCCUUCAGCCGCAGCUGCUUCAUGGUGUCUUGGAAAUGGAGGGAAUGCAUCACGUAGACGACGAUGAUGCGAUGAUGGCUGACGCAACGCCUCUGGCGCCUGACCAAUUGGGUGCUAAUGCUGUUAGCCCACCGACGUUUGCGUCCGACCGGCGCGCAGCUACGCCUGGGACCGGGCCCUCUCCAGCACCGGCUUUCGCUGGCGCUCCGCCUGACAGCGUGCCGCAUGCUUCCGCUUCGCCGGCGCCUGUGUUGUCAAGCUUCCAGGGCUUCGCUGCUGUGUUUUCUACUCCAGCAGGCUCGGAGCUGGAACCCGACUCGCCCUCCCUGGCCGGCCUCAUGUCCACUGCCGCGGCUGCAGCGCCCUCCCCUUCUAUGUUCUUAUUUUCAGCCAGCGCAAGCGACGUUGCUGUCGCCAGCAUGCCGACCCCUUCUACAUUAAUUUUGGACCACGCAUCUGCCGAAGCCACCGGCACCGAUUCGGCCUGCGCCGCAGCUCCGUCGCCAAUCAUGACCGUCGACUACACUGGUGCGCUCUCCACCACAGCUGUCAUGGUUACCCCAACCCUCGACAUCGCUGGUGCCUCUGCCGAGAACGCAACUACCCAAUGCACUGCUGCUAACACGACGGUCUCGCCGCAAGAGGGCGUUUGCCUGCCGCCUGCUCCUGCCCCGACGCCGGAGUCAGGGGCACUUCCUGGCUGGACGCUUUCGCAGACACCACUGGCAAACGCCCUGGCUGUGUCGCUGUCCGGGCACUCGGAGGCCAAAUGUGUGGAUGCAGGGUGCGAAGAGAACGACGACCAGGAGAUGGAGGCCGAGGUAGAGACGGACGAUGACGACGAGGAGGAUGAUGAUGAGGAAGGUGCGGAGGAGUACGAGGUAGAGGCAGAAGCCGACGAUGAGAACCAGCAGCUGCAGGUGCAGGAGCUUACACAACUGCCUAUCGGUAGCCCGGUCGAGGAUAUGGAUAUGGAAGAUCAGCCGCAGAUACAGAAAGCUGAUACCCCGGCGCCGCCUGCCGCUACCCGGACGGCCACUGCUCAACAGCCGACGCCAGCUGCCGCGGCGCCUGGCGCCAGGACCCCGGCCUUCCAAGGACGAAGUCCCGCCGUAGGACCUGCCUUCCGCACCGGCACUGCGAAGCCCACCCCCAUUGACAAGGCUUCUACCAAGGCAUCUGUUACGCCCGGUUCACGGCCUGGCUACGUCACCGUCGAGUCGCGGUACCAGAGGACACCCACCACAGGGUCUACUGCUGCUAGGCCUCGGCCCUCCCUCGCCGCUGCAACGUCUACUGCGACGACUACCAACACUGCCGCCGUUGCCAAGUCGGUUAAGCGCGUGUCCAUUCACACACCCGAGGGUCUACGGACUGUGGGCGUGCACCGCCAUGUCGUGCCGACGCCGUUCCGGCCCAAAUCGGCUCAGGUGCUAGCCCCUCCGCAACCUCCGCCGCAAGAUCAAGCUUCAAACGGUGCUGCUGUCGCUGAUGCGGUCCGGGAGGCUCAGCCAGAGCAGCCGCAGCAGCCAUUCAAUCCGCAGACGGUGGCUGUAGCAGAAGAGCGUCGCGCUAAGGCAGCUGAGCGCCUCAAGGCUAUCCAUGCCACAGAGCAGGGCCCGGCUUCUGUUUCAGCCACCGCCGCACGACAGUCUUCGGGUCCCGGCUACCUGGCGCCUACUGCGGCCUUUGCCGUCAAGGCGUCUGCCAAGCCGCUAAAGAGCAAGGUGGAGACGGGUCACUCGGAUCCCAGGUCAUUGCGGCAGCUGAGACGCGACGUCAAGGAGGCGGUCGCCAAGAAGGAGGCCAAGGCGGCCCUCACCGAGGUGCGCAACACUAAACUUAUUUCCAAGGAGCCCGAGCGGCAGUUGCCCAUGCCGGACGAUGACGAGGGUAGCGACGACCAGGCCGAGUAUAACGAGGGUCAGGAGAACGACCUGGUGGCUGCCAUGACGGGAUUGGAGGGUCGUCAUCUCCGUUUCAACGAUAAAGGAACGACGUCGGAGAGCCCACAGCGCACUGUCCUCCGCGGAUUGCCGGUUGCAGUUGGAAAGUACAAGCGGUUCGAUUAA